CACACUAGGUGGCAGCAAUAUAACUUUGUGGAUAUAGUCCGGUGUAAAACACUAACGAAGAAGAUUAUCCUUCCUGGGUCGGUAGGAGAAGUUGUUCAUUUGCAACUAUAGGCUACUGUUUUGUCGGUUGUGUGUAAUUUACACAAUUGUAGCGAGUGUUGUGUUCGCUCGAUAACCAAUUCGUUUGUAUCAAUUCGAGAUGGUUUAGUCGAUGUAGUUGAAAUCAGUUGUUGUAUAGCCAGUUCGGGUGAUUUCAGGAUAACAACAUCCAGCCAGCCAGGACUGCUGUUGCGUAAUCACUAUACUAUCUGAGCCGUGUUUGUCUAAAUUUGUCAGGCUACGUUUAUGCAUUGUUAUUGACCGUCUGUAUAGCAACUUUCCCCCCCAAACGUUUCAAUCUAGAGUUAUAGUUAUAUCCGUGUUAAUGGGGAAGAGUAGAACAUACAUCAGUAUAGGAUAUGCUACCUUUGGUAUGCUGGUUGGAUUUUCAGCAUUUUUGGUCUGGAACAUAGCAUACAAACAACCAUGGACGGCGGCAAUGGGCGGAUUGUCAGGAGUGCUGGCGCUCUGGGCCCUUGUCACCCACAUUAUGUACCUGCAGGACUACUGGCGCACAUGGCUGAAGGGACUCAAGUUCUUCAUCUUCGUUGCGGGUUUCUUCUCCAUCCUGGCUGUGGUGGCCUUCGCUACUUUCCUCACCCUCGCCAUCACACAGAAGCAAUCUCCCACUGACCCGACGAGCCUGUACCUGUCCUGUGUCUGGAGCUUCCUCACUCUCAAAUGGGCCUUCCUCCUAGCCCUGUACUCUCACAGGUACCGCCAGGAGUUUGCAGACAUCAGUAUCCUCAGUGACUUCUGAUCACCAUCCAUUUUACCCACCAUACACUGGGUAGGAGGUUUGGGGAACCAGCUAGCUGCAGAAGAGUCGGUCAAAAAUGUGUUUCAACGAAAGAGAUUAUGGAGAAGCUGGAAUGGCUGCAUAAGAGUUCUUUGAACUUUUAAUCAGCGUAGUUACACACUCCGGACAAGCCCUAAAUUGUUGUCAACCCCUAAAUUGUUGUCAACCCCCACUACUAUACAUACAGUAACAGCUCAUUUGGUUUGUUGGAGUGAGUAGCCAUAUAGUCACUUGGAAAAACUCCUUCUGAUGGGGAUCUACUGCUUAUCUGUAAUGGCAGGCAGCAGUGGCUUAUGUUUCUAAGCAAGGAUUUGCAAAAGCCUAUUUGUAGAGUGGCUUAGGGAUCAAGACUAGGUCAUGUAGGCUGUGGGGGUUUGUCUCUGAGGAUUUGGGUCGAAGCUUUCCAAAAGGACAGAGUUUUUAAGAAUUGUAUUUUAAGUUUCAGGUUGAAAUGUAUUGAUCCAAUGUCACAUCUAAUGAGUAAGUGUCAAAUACACCCAUGGAAAAAGGUUGUCACUAUGUUAUGUGGUCCCUCUGCUGUUUCUCUUUCCGUCACUAGGGAGCGCAGGAUAAUUUAGCCAGCCAUUGCUAUCUCUGUCUGGAUGUUGGCUUGUCAUAUGCUUUUGAAUAUUUGUUAUUCUCUUUUAGUUAACAACACACACAUAUUUGAUGGGAUGCAUAAUAAUGCACUUUAAAUUGUUAUUAAUUCCAUUGGAUUUGUUGUUCCAAUGCUGUCGUCUGUUUUUAAAGAGAAAAUGCCAGAGGGUGAGGAUGGAUAUGACGCAAACUAAUACACAGGUGUAUGGAACUCCUGAUGUGAUGGGGCUUCUUUUUCUCUGUUUCUAUCUUCAUAAGUUUUCUUCCUUAUAUUCAUGUUGAUCAGCACCAUUUUUUGUCUUUGUUUUUAUCAUAUUAAAUAUCUAAUGUAUUUAAACAGAAUUUCCACCUUUAUACAAGUUGGUCUUGAUUUUAAACCUGGUAUCCUUCUCUAUUUGUCUAAAUGUAUGCAAAUGUGUGAACGGUGUGUUUUUGUAUGAGAUAGAGAAAGGCUGUUCGGGAGAGAAAUAUUUUAAAUAAACAAUUUGUUUGUUUUGCAUGGUAA